AUGGAGAUUUUCUUCGAUAAUAACGGAGGCCAGGCACUAUUCUCCAUGAAAGCAGAGUCAUCGGAUACAGUGUUAGAGAUGAAACAAAAGAUCGAAACGUCUUACGGUAUCGCUGUUUCCAAACAAACCAUUUUCUUCAAAGGCAAGCUUCUUCUCCAAGACCGUCUCACUCUCCAGCAAUGUAAGAUCGUCCACAAAUCUCGCCUCGUGUUCUUCGGCCCUCGCCCUCGUUCCCAGAAACCUAAUCACAACAUCAGUCAAGUGCUUCCUCAAACAGAGCCAUCUUCAGUACCGUCAAACUCAACCCAAGGGAUCUUCAACAUUCAAGAUUCGUCCGAAAGGAUCACUACCAAUCAAGAAUCGACUGUGAUGGCGAGGAGCAACGACGAUCAGGUGCUUCAUCAGACGGAGCAGCAAUCUCCAGUACCGUCGUAUGCAAUCAACGAGUUCCUUAAUAAAGAUUGGUCUUCGAUGGCGAGGAGCGACGACGAGCACGUGGUUCAUCAAACCGAGAAAUCUCUGGAAUCGUCAAAUUCGAUUGAAGAUUUCCUUUGCGGCGAGGACAGGCCUGCGACAACCGAAGGAAACGUUAAUAUUCAAGAUUCGUCGAUGGGGAACAACGAAUAUCAAGAUUGGCGUCAAAUGAAACCAUCUUCUCCGUCGAACUUACUUGGAGACUUCAUGCACGGAGAAUCAACAAACAUUCAAAGUUACUGGCCUGCGAUUAGCUACGAGAAUCAAGGGUUUCAAACAGAGCAUUCUCCAGUACCGUCACUCUCAACGGAACAGAGCAUCAACGCUCAAGAUUUGUCUGGGAGCAGCAAUCAAGGGUUUCAAACAGAGCAAUCUCCAGUACCGUCACUCUCAGCGGAACAGAGGAUCAACGCUCAAGAUUUUUCCGGGAGCAGCAAUCAAGGGUUUCAAACAGAGCAAAAUCCAGUAUCGUCACUCUCAGCGGAACAGAGCAUCUACACUCUAGAAUUGUCUGGGAGCAGCAACCAAGGGUUUCAUCAAACAGAGCAAUCUCCAGUACCGUCACCCUCAACAGAACAGAGGAUCAACGAUCAUGUGGUCAUUGACAUUCCAGACUCGCCUGUGAGGAGAAGCAGCAACAAACCGCCGAAGAAUCUGAGAGUAAUGAUAUUGCCAUGUUCCCGCGAGGAUAAACCUAUGCCGAAGUUUCCGGUGGAGGUGAACGCGAGUGAGAAGGUUGAAGAACUGAAGAGAGAGCUGGAGGAGAUUCAACAGAGGUCUCAGCUAUAUCUGCCUGAAGAAGGGUACAUCUUUUUACACAAAGAGGGACAGAGACAGUUGAACAAUGAUAAGUCGUUCCGGUCGAACCGUGUUGCUAACGGUGAUACAAUUCAGAUUUUCCCCGGAACGUAUACUAUGACAUGA